UCAUCCACUAGCACACAAUCUUCGGUCUUUGCUCCGUCGUUACCCAGCACGCCCUUUCGUAUCUCUCCCUGACUCUCUAUUUCUCUCUCUAAAGCGUAGACUCUAAACCCUAGUUUCCCUAGUCUUUCCUUCUCUUUUUUUCUCUGAAAUCUCCUAAAAGCCUGUAAAGCGCCAUGACAGUGGCAGAAGACGAUCCUAUCAAUGUCUCAAAUCAGCUUCUCCAGUCUCUUUUAGACGAAAUCAUUCAAGUACAGACCUUUAAAGGCAAAUGGGCUCUUAUCAGAACCAAGCUUGCUGAUCUCCAUAUCCAACUCACCGAUUUUGCUGACUUCCCGGCUUCCACCUCCAACCCACUAUGUCUUGACCUCCUUCACUCCAUUUCCCAUUCUUUAAACGAUGCCGUAAUUUUGGCUAGAAAAUGUCAGACGCCUAAUUUCACAGAAGGUAAGCUCCGGACUCAGAGCAAUGUCGAUUCCGUUUUGGCCAAGUUGGAUCGGCAUGUCAAGGACAGCGAGAUUUUGAUUAAAAGUGGGGUUCUUCAAGACUCUGUCGUUUCAGGGGUCUCUUCUAAGAUGGAGGCAGUGAGGGCCGAGUCGAGGAACUUAAUCACCCGAUUGCAGAUUGGUAGUUGCGAGUCGAAGAAUUCCGCCAUGGACUCACUGCUCGGGAUGCUCCGGGAGAAUGAUAAGAAUGUAAUGAUAGCUGUUGCACAGGGUGUUGUUCCCAUACUUGUUCGUUUACUCGAUUCGAGCUCCCAGGAGAUGAAAGAGAAGACUGUUGCGGCAAUUUCAAGGAUUUCGACGGUGGAUAGUAGUAAGCAUGUGUUAAUUGCAGAGGGUUUAUUGCUUUUGAAUCAUUUGCUUCGGGUUCUGGAAUCGGGAAGUGGGUUUGCAAAGGAAAAAGCUUGCGUUGCCCUUCAAGCUUUAAGCUUUUCGAAGGAAAACGCGAGGGCAAUUGGGUCUAGAGGUGGAAUUUCUUCGCUAUUAGAAAUUUGCCACGCGGGCACGCCCGGUUCGCAGGCUUUUGCUGCUGGUGUUUUGAGAAAUCUCGCCGUAUUUGAGGAAAUUAAGGAGAAUUUCAUUGAAGAGAAUGCUUUUUUCGAUCUUAUUGGCCUUGCGGUGUCUGGAACUGUGUUGGCUCAAGAGAACGCAAUCGGGUGUUUAUGUAAUCUGGCGAAGGAUGAUGACAAUUUGAAGAUUUUGGUUGUCAAGGAAGGGGGCCUUGAUUGCUUGAGAACCUUCUGGGAUUCAGCUCCUCCUGUAAGAAGUCUCGAAGUUGCUGCUGAUUUAUUAAGGCACCUGGCUUCGAGUCAAGUUAUUGCAGAAGUGCUUGUUUCUGAUGAUGGGUUUAUUCACAGGCUUGUGGCGGUGUUGAAUUGUGGAGUUAUGGCUGUGAGAAUUGCUGCUGCCAGAGCUGUCUACGAGCUUGGUUCUAACACAAAAACCAGGAAGGAAAUGGGUGAAUGCGGAAUAAUUGUUCCAUUGAUUAAGAUGUUAGAUGCUAAAGCUGUGGAAGAGAAAGAAGCAGCAGGAAAGGCAUUGUCAAAUCUUGUAUUAUAUGCAGGCAACAGGAGGAUUUUCAGAAAGGAUGAGAUGGGGAUAGUGAGUGCAGUUCCGCUAUUAGAUCCUUUGAUACAGAAUUUGGAUAAGAAAUACCCUGUUUCAUUAUUGGCCUCGCUUGUGCAUUCUAAAAAGUGUAGAAAACAGAUGAUCGCUGCUGGUGCCUGUGUACACUUGAAGAAACUUGUUGAGAUGGAUGUAGCGGGGGCAAAGAAACUUUUGGACGGUCUCGGGCGGGGUAAGAUUUGGGGCGUCUUUGCUAGGCCAUAGCAAUCAUACGAUUCUUGAAUUGGUGCAUUCAGAAACCUUGAUUAGAAGAUGAUUGGUUCAUCUUUGUGUACAUUAGCUGUGUUCAAAUUUACUUAUUUUUAUGAUUUUUUUUUUUUUGGUUCAUACUAUUGUCAAGUUGCAGUAGCAGUGAACGUCAGUAGCUUAAAUGCUUAAUUGCCGUGGGAGAAACUCUUGUAGAGCCGCAAUCUUUGUUUUUUGACAUAACUAGAUUGGAGUUCAUAUUCAUUAUUGUAAACUCAAUAGUGUUUUUGGUAAUUACGCAUGGGUAUUCUCGGCAGCUUUUGCUUAUGAGAUACAAGAUACAUUCAAGGUAAAUAAUUUUGAAUUUGCAGUAAGAGUCAACAUUAGUAGCUUAAUUGCCGUGGGAGAAACUCAUUGUAGAGCUACGAUCUUGGUUUGUUGACCUAACUAGAUUGGAGUUCAUGUUCAUUAUUGUAAACUCAAUAAUUGAUUAUACUGUAUCAGUGUAUUGUGUUUGAGAGCACACUUUCUGCUUUAUUAGUUGUUGACUUGUAUGGUAUCCAAACGCUGGCUAAAAUUAAAGGGAUAGCUGUAUCAACUCUGUAGGCAGGUCUCCUUUUCCCUUUGUGAGUUGUUAAGACACAUGAAUGUGUCGGCUUGUGAUUCUUGUACACAGUUUUUAUGAAUUUCUUGUUUUAGAAAGAUUUCGGAUGGGUUUCUCUA